AUGCAAAUAAUAAGUUCAUCGCAAAACAGUGAAAUGGGUGUUCAUAAAACUGCGGAACACGAAAGCGGUUAUUUCGAAGAUGACGACGAAGAAGAGGAAGAGGAGGAGGAGGAAAAGGACGAGGGAGGGAAUCCCGCUCAAUUGACUCCGGAGCAAAUAAGAGCGGCGAAUGAUGUCGUGGCAGCAGUAGAGUCUGGAACGCGCGGACACCGCAACGGACUUUCCCGAACGGACUCGAACGAGAAAAACGGUUCGCGUUUUUCACCCGUUUGCCUCGACGACGAUUGUUGGUGUUUCGAAGGUAGAGCGGGACACAAAGGUAGGAAAAAAAAAACAAACAUUUAA